AUGGAAAAUUUACUGAAAAGACAGAAGGAGUUGGGCGAUCUUGCUGCGCUGGAAGAACAGAAAAUCCUUAGCGGCAAAAUAAGGAAAGCUUCAUGUCUCGAAUAUAUUCAACAUAUUCAAACAAUGAGGACGGAAUUUAGUGGAAAUCAUGCCAAAAUUAUGGCUAAACCGAGCCAAGAAGCUGACGAAUACAUUGCCAAGAAGUAUUACGAGCAUGUUAUUCAGGUAAUGGAAAAGUCCAUUCAGCAUUUAAAAAUACAAAAUGCAGCCGAAGAUUUACCAACAGUAAGCGGCAACCAACUUAAACCUGCAUCGAUGGGAGAAAUGAGUGAGUUCGAGCCAUCAGGUACUAAUUCCGACGUAGAAAGGAGAUUUCAACGUCGAGGAAAAAAGCUCAGAAUGACCAUAGAAGAAAUUCAACAAAAUGAAUUGGAUUCUGUCGAAGAAAUAAGAGAAUUCAAAACUAAGCUUCAAAUACAGUUUGAAUAUGUAGAAGAAGCUUUUUCUGAAACUCGCAGUGUCCAUUUAAAAGCCAUUACUAAAGACUCAAUAGAAGAACAAAUGGAGGACUUCCGAGAAAAAUACAGCGUUAACAUUGAGAAGUUAACAGAUAAAUUGAAAAGGUGCACGCCAACACAAGCUGUGUCAUCUACUAUGAAACUACAGGAGAUUAAGAUUCCGAUAUUUUAUGGCGAGAUGAAUCAAUGGUCAUCAUUUAGCGAUCUUUUCCAAGGUUUGGUGCAUAAUUCGAAGCACUUUACUGAAGUAGAAAAGAUGUUCCGGCUGAAGUCGUCAUUAGGAGGAGAAGCUGGAAGAUUAAUUCAGCAUUUACCGGUAACUGAAUACAACUAUGAAGCCGCUUGGCAAAUCCUCCAGGAAAGAUAUGAAAACAAAAGGCUGCAAUUCACAACACAAGUGGACAGACUUUUAGAUCAACCAACAGCAAAUGGGGAAAGUGCGGCAAGCAUGAAGCAGCUUUUGGAUACCACCAAGGAAUGCAUUUAUGCUCUAAAAGGGCUUAAAUUGAAUUUAAAUGACGAGCAAGCAAUUAUAGCUCGGAUAGUGGUUCGGAAACUAGACAAAGAAAGUCUCCGGUUAUAUGAGCAGAAUGUCAAGAAAACUAGGGAUAUCCAAAGCCUAGAUGAUGUUUUCCGUUUUCUGGAGCAGCAAUAUCAAGCUCUAGAAGCUAUACGAGACAGGAAAACAACUAAAUGGAGCAAUCAAAAGCAGCCACAACGAGCACCCACAUUCUAUACAGCUGCACAAAAGACCUGUAUAUAUUGCAAGAUUCCUGGGCAUCAAAUUGUUGAAUGCAGAAGGUUCCAGGCAUUGACUACGAUAAAUCGUAGAGGUUUCAUAGUAAACAAUAAGCUAUGCAAUAUUUGCCUCGACCACGUAUAUGAAGGCAAUUGCAAGAAUAAGAAAAAAUGCACAACAGCCCAGAUAAGAGUGAAGGCGGCAAAUGGAGAGUACGUGACAUUGCGAGCACUAAUCGAUCAAGGAUCACAGAAGACUACCAUUUCUGAAGAAGCCGCUCAAAUACUACACUUACCAAAGAGAAGAGAAGUAACUGAGCUACAAGGGCUAGGAAAUACUACAGUGGGAGUCUCCAAAUUUAAAGUCAACAUUGAAAUCAGGCCGAGAUUCCUAAGCAACGAAAAGUACAAUGUCGAAGCACUGAUUUUGCCGAAAUUGGCGAGUGCACAACCUGAUAAAACAUUUAAAUGGGAUAUAGAACAAUGGAGAAACUAUACCUUAGCUGAUCCCAACUUCAAUAGGUCAGAUCGAAUCGACGUCGUUAUUGGAGGAGAUGUAUAUGCUGACAUAUUAGAAGAAGGCAUAUUUAAGAAAGAUCGAAUACUAGGCCAAGCUACGAAAUUAGGAUGGAUAUUGUCGGGAGUUUUACAACAACCGAGAAAAAAUGGUAGAAUUCUAGCGGCGGUGACCACAACGUUGGAGAAGUUUUGGGAAAUAGAAGACACCACAGCACCAACAUAUAUAGAAGAUGAUGAUGAAUGCAUGAAGAUAUUUGAUAAAACGACAACAAGAGAUGAAAAUAAUAGAUUUGUCGUCAAUUUACCUUUUAAAAAAAAAAAAGACUUAGGCGACUCUCGCAAACAAGCAAUGACGAGGUUUCUUAAUCUUGAGAAAAAGUUGGCUUCAGAUGACAACCUAAGAAAACAAUAUGUGCAAUUUAUGAGAGACUAUUUAGAAAUGGGCCACAUGAAAAAAGCAAGUGGAAAUAAUUGCGGAAAAUACUAUUUGCCACAUCAAGCCGUAAUUCGAGAAGGCAGUCUCACAACUAAACUACGAGUAGUUUUCGAUGCAUCUGCAAAAACUACAAAUGGAAGUAGUUUAAAUAACAUCCUUUUAAUAGGCCCGAGACUUCAAAAAGAUAUAUUUGACAUAAUUACCAAAUGGAGACUUUGGCAAUAUGUGUUAACAAGUGAUAUUGAAAAGAUGUAUCGACAAAUUAAAGUAGCAGAAAGUGAUCAAGAUUAUCAACGUAUAUUGUGGAGAGAAGCGAAGGAAGGGCCGAUAGGAGAAUACAAGCUGCAAACAGUUACGUAUGAAACAGCAUCCGCUCCUUUUCUUGCAACGAGAACUUUACAAGAAAUUGCCAAAUCCUGCGAGCCUUACAAUUAUUUGCUUUCAAACAUCAUUAAAAACGACUUCUACAUGGACGAUUUAAUGACAGGAGCAGAUUCAAUAAAUGAAUGUAAAGUCAUUCAGUUCGAAAUUUCGAAACAACUACAAAAAUGUGGAUUUCACUUAAGAAAGUGGAUGUCUAAUAACAGUGAGAUUAUAACAACAAUUCCAACAAAUAGCGAAAAUGAGGUAAUAAAAAUAGCAGAAGACGAAACAGUUAAAACAUUGGGUAUACAAUGGGACCCGGCCAAAGACAUGUUUGGAUUUAAUAUGAAUCUUUCAACGGAAAAGCUAGUAACAAAAAGGAAAGCUUUAUCUGAAUUGGCGAGAAUUUUCGAUCCGAUGGGGUGGCUUUCACCAAUGACUGUUUUAGCAAAGUUGUUUAUACAAAAACUUUGGUUGAUGAAACUCAACUGGGAUGAGUUACUCGACGAAAAUUUGGCAAAAGAAUGGCAGGAGUUUAUGCAGCACAUGCGUCAGAAAAAGCGUACGCGGCAGUUGUAUAUGCUAAAGUUGGAUCAGUUAUAA